AGUGGCACAGGAAUGUGUUAUCGAACACGGAAGAGGCGGUGUUCGCGUUCAAACUGAGCCGGCGUCAUUUCUUUGUGUUAGAAAUUAUUUUUAGCCACUGAUUUCAGUUUAUUUCUGGAUUAUACAGCAGAUUUCUACCUUGCUACCCCGGGCCGAUAGUGGAUCGGUCUACGGUUAAUUAAGACGUAAAAAUGGCAUCCACAGAGGAACUACCUACAGAGGAUAUAGAUAAUAAACCAGAAGAAGAUGGUGAUGCUGAGGCGAUUCCUACCAAGCGGAAAAGAUCCUCUAGUGACACUGAAAUAUCAGGUGAUCAGCCAGAGAAAAGGACAAAAUCUGAAGCUUCUGAUGAGGAAUCCUAUUUUGAAAAAGAGAAAGAGAAUCAAAAGGAGGAUAAUACAGAGGAGAAUGAUUCUGAAAAUGUGCAGGACAGCAUUGAUGACUCCAACAGUUUAAAGGAUGAUGCUUGUAAUACAUCUGAAAUAAAAGAUGAUGAGAUAGAGAAUGACUGUUCAAAAAGUGAUGUAAGCAAAGAGGAAAAACAGGAAGCAAGUGGUAGGAAAGAAGACAAAACAUUAUCCAACGAGGAUAGUAAGGAUAAUUCUACUAGUCUGAAUGAUGGAGAGGAAAAGAAAGAUCAAAGUUCACUGAGUGAUAACAGGGGGAAAUGUGAUUCAGAUGAAACUGAGAAUAAGAGAAACAAAAUUGGUGCUAAUGGCAAGAGUGAUAGUACUUCAGAGGAAAAUCUAGUGACAUCAAAUGGUGAUGAUUCAGAAAAAAAUAAUACCACAACAUCCUUUGAUGAGAAAAAAUCAAAUGAAAAUGGUGAAAAUUUAUCUAACAGUUUACCACACAGACCACGAAAACGUUCUUUUCAACCCACAGAAAUGAAAGUGAACGGUGUCAGUGAUGGUAAAAUAGAUGAUGAUGCAUCAACAGGCAAGUCUGAGGAUAGUGAAAAAGAAAAUCGUCGGUUAGAUAUAGACAUUCCGAUGGAUCUCAGUACCAAGUCAAACUCCACAACAAAUGGCAAUGACAUUAUUAUGUUGUCAGAUUCAGAAUCGGAAGAGGAACCUUUAAUGAAUGGAGAUAUUCAUGAACUCACCCAGAGUGAAAUCCAUAAGAGGCGCAAGAUCAUUAAGCAUUUUGAAUCCGAGCUACGUAAUGAAGAAGCCAAAUUAGUUCUGUUGAAAAGAUUGAAACAGAGUCAAUUAUCACAUCAGCUACAGGAGCAUACUAGUGUUAACAACAAACAACCCUCAAUUAAACAAUCUGUAUCACAGCCACCACCUUUGGUGCGUGGCAGUCAGCCACAACAGCAGCAGCAGCAGCCACAGGCUCGUCCUGCUCAUGCUCAUAGCCAGCCCCCACAACUCAUGCGGGGCAACCAGAUGCCCCAGUCAAGCAGGACACAUCAGCAGGGGCCGCCUCCUUUGGUGAAUAUGGGUGGUGGACAGCGUAUUGACAAUCGUCGUAUACCACACAUGGGUUAUCAGGGUGGCAUUGUCCCAGGACAAUCGCAUCAGUCUCAUGGAAGUCAUGGGAGUAUCAUGUCAAACUACCGACAGAAUCAGAAUUCUCAGGCGGCACAAGCUGCCCAGGCAGCUGCUCAGGCAGCUCGGGAGGCUAGGGAAGCAGACAAUCAGACUCCAGCCCAGCGUCAGGCUGCAGCUAAAAUGGCUUUGAGGAAACAGUUGGAAAAGACUCUGCUACAGAUUCCUCCACCAAAACCUCCACCCCCAGAAAUGAAUUUCAUUCCCAGUCUGGGUAGCCCUGACUUCAUAUCACUGCUUGGUUUGGAGGAAGCAGUCAAUUACAUCAUUGAUGCUGCACUUAUAUCAAAAGGACAGAAAAAUCCUGAUGAAAAGAUGGUGUGUAAUCCUUUCACAUGUAUUCAGUGUAACACAGAUUUUACUCCUGUGUGGAAACGUGAGAAAGCAGGGUCCAAGAAUGUGAUUUGUGAAAAUUGUGUAACAACAAAUCAAAAGAAGGCAUUAAAACAGGAGCACACAAAUCGCCUGAAAAGUGCGUUUGUAAAGGCUCUUCAGCAGGAGCAGGAGAUAGAAAGGAUGCAGUCCCAAACAACGACAUCCUCAUCCAACAGUGCGAGUGCUUCCUCCAACUCCUCUUCUUCUUCUUCGCAGAGCCAUACAACGGCUAAUUCUUCGAGCAACAAUGGCAGCAGCUCUUUGUCUUCAGGGCCACCCCCGUCCUCCCUUCCUUCAUCAGUUUACAAGGCAACAUCCGAGACAAUUCGCCAGCAUCAGAACUUCAUACAGGCACACCAAGCGGCAGCUGCCCAUCAAACAGCACUGAGGAUGGGUCAGCCUCUAGGUAUGGCUCCAUUUGCAGCUGCUGCAGCAGCUAGAGGGGGCUUUCCCUAUCAAAUUCCAUAUGGGGCCAAGCCGUCUGAUUUACAGCUUCAACGACAGUAUCUCCUAGACAUGAUUCCGAACAAGGGAGCAAUGUCAUGGCGACCUUGAUUUACAUUGGAUUGAUAGUGUGUAGAUGUAUCACCUGCGAUUUAUUGUCUCUUCUAUAAAACUGCUUAUGUUAGAGUUCAGUUCAUCAUUAAUUAUAUCCGUCAAGCAUUUUAUAUGCAUUUUAUAUUCCAAGAGAGAAGUGGUAACAUAAAUUUUGAAAAAAUUAUUUGAACUAUGACACUCCUCAGUUGUUAAGGUGUGUACCUCUGAACUUUAUAUAUAGACGAGUGUGGCCAUAUUUCAUUUCCCAAUGACCUUUUGGAUGGCCGUAGGAGAUUUUUGUGCUAGUCUCCCUAAUAGAAAAUGAUCUAAUUGUCUACUUGAACUUAUUCAACAUUACAGUGUGUAAGUAUAAAAUAGUAAAUAUCAGUCAAAUCAAGCAUAAUAUCACUUAUUGGAAUUUAAAGAAAUAUGCCUCAUGGGGUAUAUUAUGAGGUAUAUAAUGCAUCAUUAAAGGAAUUGGACUCAUUUUGCCCUUUUCAUUGUUAACUUGACUUAAUUUGACAACAUGCUUCAAAAGCUCUCGAUAGUUAUUGAAGUUCAAAAGUCCUGAUACUGAUCAUUUUUUCUUGUUGCUGUGAAAUGUCCGUAGUCAAAACUCAAAACAACGAAUUUUUUUAAACUUAUUUUUCGUCUUGUCUAUUGCGCAUUUUUGUUUUUUUCUCAUGUAUAUAUACACAAGUAUAGGUAAAUGAAGUUUACAUUUUCUUAGCUUCUUUACGGUUAUAAAACCAGAAAGAAAAUCACUAACUCCAAUCAGUUUUCUGUUCUGAUUGUGUCAAAUCUGAACACUAGUCUUGUGUUUAAAGUCAGAUGGUGUGAUUUAGAAUUUUAACAGUUUCGAUGCUCAAGUAAAUUUUUGGAUCAUGUCAUGUCACAUACAUUGAUAUCAUUCAUUUUUGUACAUGAAAAAGAUUUGUACUGGUAUACUGCAAUCACUUCAUCACUUGUUAGACUGAAUUAUUCAUUUCUCUAUUGUAUUCAGGAUCAUGUAUGUUUGAAAAUAUAGAAAUAUGAUUUAGUAAGAUUUAUUUCUUUGUUGUCGAGUGCUAUAUAUUAUAGUAAACUUGAGGUUAAUUUUCAUUUGGCUUUUUUUUCUUUUGUAUUAUGAAAAGUUCUGGAAAAAAAAUGUAAAAAAAUUGUUGGGCGGGGGGAAGGGAGGUUGAGUGGGAAAAACAUGUACCUCAUCAGUCACUGAUGGUUAAUACAGACAGCAGGGAAUUUUUUUUUUCGUAGAUUAGCUUGGAUCAAUGCUUGUGAUGUUCUGCCAGCGUUUCCAUAUUUUUCACCCCAUAGGAAUACUGUAUACGGGGAAAAUUUUGCUGCAGUGCAAAUUUUGCAAUUUUGGCAAUAUCACAAAAAUUUGGGUGGGGAGCUAAACUUUGAUUUAAGAUGAAAUGUAAAUGUUGUGUACUUCUGGGCAAAUUUAAUAGUGGGUGAAAAUGGUAAGUCAUAUACGAGGGUGUUAAGUAAAACAGGGCAAAUGUUAAACCGUAUACAGCAUCCCCUCCCUUAUACAUGUCAAAGGAGAGCUGGUCUCGACUUAUUAAAUCUUCGCAAUAUUCAUUAUGUUUAGGUAAUUAUAUGUAUUUAUAUAAAUUAAAAAUAUGAUGUGUUAUAUGCCAAAAGUAACCUCAGAUACACACUAAAAUGAGAUUUUCUCUGUUGCAUGGAACAUUUUAGAUAAACAUUGGUCAUUUGUACAUAGAACUUGUUAAGAUGUUUUUCACUGCAGUUUGGAGGAUGUAUACAGUGGAACCUCAUACCUGUACUAGGUAUACAGGUAGAUGACCUAGAUCAGCAGUUAUGUUUGUAUUUAAGUACCAGUACAAGAUGUAUGUUGUGGCCAAAUAAAACUUGUUGCCUGAUAGUGGCUGUGGAAAAGAAAGAAUUGGAAGACAGUACAGAAUCUUUUUUAUUUCGUGUGCAUAUUUUUUUGGGUUUAUUUUUUUUUUGAGCAAUUAUUUUGAUUUGUAUAGUGCUUUUAUAAUCGAAACUAAAAUAUGACAUUUGCAGGGUAGGUAUCAAAAGAGUGGACAAGAUUACCAAGUCUAUAUGUUUUACUAAAUGCCUUGUAGAUCCCACUGUACAAGACAUUGUUAUAUAUUGCUAGUGCUACUGAUGCUUGUCUUUGUUGCUCAUCUUGUUUUUCCACUGUACAUAUAAAAGAAAUGGCACAAGCCCUGCUUAGAAUCACUGGACUAGGGUUUGUGUUCCACUUAAUAAAAACGGCUAGUAUUUAUGUCUUUUAAAAUUAAGGCUCUCUUAUAGUUACUGGAAUUCAGAUAAAGAUAAUUUUUCCUCUUUAUAGUUUUAAUGCAAAGCAUUUGCUGUCAUAUAAAGGAAAGCUUUUUGUCCUUUGUUUGAUUUUACAAUCUAUAGUUAUGGACAUGUUUUAUGAGUUGGUAUGAUCAUGAAAAGAAUGCAUUGUGUAACAAGGGGAGAUAAACGGGUACCAAUGAAACGCUACAAGUAAUACUACAACCAGUCAUGCGAAGAACAGAUGGAACUUGGGACUUUAUACAAAAAUAAGAAAUGUUAACUUUUUGAUAAAAGUAGCACAAAUCAAAGAGAAAUGGAUCAAAUAACAUUUUCAGAAAUUUAAAGAUUUAUUGAAUUCUAGUCUAUUAUAGUAUGUAAGUGUAUGAAAUUGUAUUUCAGAUACAUAUUUUUUUUCUUGUGCAAAUUGUAAGGAUUUUCAUUGCAUUGCACAAUUCAUAACACAUUUCAACUAAAGGAAAUAAAACCUAUUUCAGUUUGGAUAACGAUUUGGCAAAUGGUAAAUUAAUGUUGAAAACUAAAGGAGUGGGAAUAGGGGCUGUUCAAAGUCUCCUGUUAUUACACAUGGAUAUUUUAAGAACUGUUUCAGUUCACAUGUUAAUAUUGGUUGUAUACAAAUCAAAACUAUUUAUUAUUAUAGCAGACUGUUGGGUAUUUGAUUGUAUUUUGUAUGAUAAGCAAUAUCAUGUGGGACAGCUAGCUAAGCUCUGAAGGAAAAGCCUGUUGCGGCCAUAUAUAGCUAGCCAUUCAUGACAUAACUGGUCCUCUUCGGAAGUUUGUUGUUGUGUUCAAGACACAAGUGUCACAUAUUUGUACUUUACCAAGCUGUAUAGAAAUUGUUAUUUAAUGUCAAACAUUGUAAAGUAAAUGUUUGAAAAUCA